GCGGGCCGCGGCACGCAACACGGCCCAGCCAAAGCCCCAGCCCCCUCUUGCAUAACAGUUGCAUUGCAUUGGUUAUGGAUGGAUGGAAAUCAUUGCCCCGUCCAUCCCCCCACGCAGAAAAGCUCGCCGGCCGGGCGCCGGGGCCCCGCCGCGUACGUGUCCGCCUGGCCGACCUCACCCCCGACCCACCCGCCUUAUAAAGCGAGCGCCCGGGCACACGCCUCCAUCCACCACACACACACAGACACACCACCACACGCCGGUGAGCCGGUCUCUCUCGCCCCCGUGCCCGUGCGCGCCACCUAGCCGUUCGUUCGCAUCCAUCCGUCCAUCCGUCACACGCACACCACCACCAACCCGCGCGGCCGUGUCUAUCUGGGUCUGGGAUCGAGUAGCAAGCAAUGGCGCUGGAGGCCGUGGUGUUCUCCCAGCCCCAGGCGGGCCACUUCGGCUGCGGCCGCGGGGACUCGCCGUACGCGGUGCCGUGGAGCGACCUGCUGCAGGGAGGAGGAGGAGGAGGGUUUGGCGAUGUCUGCGCCGCGGGGGAGUGGGUCGACCAGCACGACCUCGACACCUGCUGGGCCGCGCCCACCGUGGGGGACGACUGGGACUGGGGGGAGGCGCUCUCGCGGGACCACUCCUCCUCGGACGCCGCCUCCACGGACCACGGCAGCAGGAAGGCGGCGCCCGAGCCGGCGGCGGGGAGGAGGAAGCGGAGGCGCACCAGGGUCGUCAAGAACAAGGAGGAGAUCGAGAGCCAGCGGAUCACCCACAUUGCCGUCGAGCGCAACCGCCGGCGCCAGAUGAACGAGUACCUCGCCGUGCUCCGCUCCCUCAUGCCGCCGUCCCACGCGCACAGGGGUGACCAAGCAUCGAUCGUGGGUGGCGCGAUCAACUACGUGAGGGAGCUGGAGCAGCUGCUCCAGUCGCUGGAGGUCCAAAAGAGCCUGAAGCAGAGCCGGGGGCGGCGGCCAGCAGGCGGCGGCGCCAGCUGCUCCCCCCCGUUCGCCGGCUUCUUCAGCUUCCCGCAGUACUCCACCGCCCCAAGCACCACGAGCAGCAGCGGCGGAGAGAAAUGCUGCGGCCACGACGCCGCGGCCGCGGACAUCGAGGUGACGAUGGUGGAAGGCCACGCCAGCCUCAAGGUGCUGGCGCGCCGCCGGCCCAAGCAGCUCCUGAAGCUCGUCGCCGGGCUGCACCAGCUGCGCGUCCCGCCGCUCCACCUCAACGUCACCGCCGCCGUCGACGCCAUGGUCCUCUACACCUUCAGCCUCAAGGUGGAGGAUGACUCCAAGAUGGGCUCUGUCGAGGACAUUGCCACCGCCGUGCACGAGAUUCUCGGCAGCAUACAGCGGCAGCAGCAGGAGGAGGAGGAGGAGGAGACCGCCGCCAUGUGAAACUCUGCACCACCUGCAUGUCCGGCAGGCACACUGCCAUCCUGCCAAUGGAAUCCAUUGCCUGUGCAUGUGAUGACUGUGAUUGCGCCCCCUUGCUAGGCACAGACACCUGAGCCUGCCAUGAUGCAGCAAUACUGUCCCAGUCCGGCCGUGGUCGCAAAGAAUAUGCUAUGAGAAAUCUUAGGCUAGCUGUAAUCUAAGCACCACCUCCCUUCUGGAGUGAGAGCACUUGUGUAGAUUAUUGACAGAUACAGCUGAUCUGCCCUCUCGAGCUACAUACCACUGCGCGCUUACAUACGCCGUCGUUGGCGUUAACAGGUCUCGACUCUCGAGCCUGCCUGCCAGACAGAAUGAUGGCUCGGCCCGUGAUCUAUAUAUGAUGUGCUUACUGUGUAUCAGUAGCUGCUAGCCCGCUACCAUAUACUACUAUAUACACACCACUACUUCAUCCGGACAUGCGUGCGUUAACUACACCGCGGCAGUCGUCUCCUUGUUCUGUCUCUCACCAUGCAGGAUCAGGAAGAACGAAUGUUUCAGUAGCCUGUAGCACACACGUACGUCAGUGAAAAAUGCGUCGGCGUACACGGCGGACAGCAUGAGGUGAGCCUGUGCUAGGGGCGAGGCCACUGGAGGAGAUUCCAUUGACGACCAUGAAACAGCAUGACCGAAGGACCCAAGGACGACGGCAGUAGUCUCGUGUCGUCCUCCUCCUCCUCCUCCUCCUCCUCCUACUACAGCCUACACAGGUGGUGGGAUUUCAGAAACGUAUGUGUUCAUUUUCACGCGCACGGCCUCUCGGGCCAUGCAAGCAAAAAAAAAUGUACUGCCACUCGGAAAAAUUGCUGAACCGUACACGUUUUGCCUGACUGACACUUGGAUGGUCGGAGCAACAGGGUCAGAGAAUGCACUCGAUUGUAUUGUAUGUUGCCCUUUUCAGGCCCAAUACAACGGAGAUUUCCCUUU